AUGUCGUUAGAUUCCAUUGUUGUGACAGUAUCAGGAAAUUGUUUGACAAGUGAGGUUGCAGAGAACAGAGUGACAAUUAUCAAUAAUUGUAACGACAACGACAACGAUAAGGGGAAUGAUAACAGUAACGAUAAUAGUAAUGAUAACGGUAAUGAUAAUGAUAACGAUAAUGGCAACGAUAAUUGUAACAGUAACAAAAAUAGUAACCACAACAUUAACGAUAACGAUAACAGUAACGGUAACGAUAACGAUAACAGUAAUGCUAACCAUGAAGGUAACAGUGAUGGUGAUGGAAACCAUGACAGUUACGGUGACAAUGACAAUGAAUGUGACGGUUACAAUGACAAUUAUAGUAAUAAUGACGAUGAGAAUCACGGUGACGAUGACGGUUAUGGUGGUGAAGGUGACAAUGACAAUUACGGUGACAAUGAUAGUGACAGUGACAGUUACUGUAACGAUGAUGGUGACGGGAUGGUUACGGUGACGGUGGUGAAGGUGACGAUGACAGUGACAGAGACAGUAACGGUGAUAGUGAGAGUGAUGGUGAUGAUUAUGGUGACUGUUACAGUGAGUGACGGUAAUGAUGACGAUGACAAUGACAGUGACAGUGACAAUGACAGUGACGGUGAUGAUGACGGUGAUAGUGACAACGAUGAUGACGGUAACAGUGACGGUAAUAGUGACGGUAACGGUGAUGAUGACAAUGAUUGUGAUAGUAACGGUGAUAGUGACAAACACGAUGACGAUGACGGUAUGAUGCAUGACAAUGACGAUGACGAAUACGGUGAGAAUGACAAUGACAGUGACAGUGACAGUGACAGUGACAGUGAGUGUUGCAUAGAUGGUGAUUCGCUAGAAAAUAGUUUAACAUAUAAGCCCAUCUAUUAUAUGUCCCAAUAUAUUGAUAGUAGCGGUGGCGAUGAUGAUGACUGUGACAGUGACAAUGACGGUGAUUGUGACGGUGACGGUGACAAUGACGAUGAUGAUCAAGAUGAUGGUGACAGUGAUGGUGACAAUGACAAUGAUGGUAACAAUGAUUGUGACAGCGACGGCGACAGUGACGAUGACGGUGAUUUUGACAGUAACAAUGACGAUUACAGUGACAAUGAUAAUGACGAUGACAGUGACAGAGUGACAGUGACAAUGACAGUGACGAUGACAGUGACAAUAACGGUGAUUGUGACAGUGACGGUGGACAGUGACAAUAACGAUGACAAUGACAAUCACGAUAACGAUGACAGUGAUAGUGUCGGUCACGAUCAUGGUAACGACGAUGGUGACGUGACAAUGAUAGUGACGGUAACAAUGAUGGUGAUAGUGACAAUGACAAUGACAGUGACGGACACGGUGACGGUGACAAUAACAAUGAUUAUGAUGGUGUGGUGA